AAUACAAGGAGACAAAAAUGUUAAAGAAUGAAGGCGUAACUUUGAGAUAGCUAGGAAAUGGCAUACCAAAUGCAAAUGCAAAAGCAAAACCUGAGAUACCGAGGGUGGUGCCCCUCGAACGAUUACCAAGUCCAUGAAGUAAUAGGGCCUGCACUACUACGCAAGGGCCUUGAUCGUCCUCGACAUCAGAAGGGUCGCGUGGCGUUCAAAACCGAUCUAGAAGAGUCCAUAACAGUAGCAGAACCAACCCCUGUGCCUGCAGAAACUGAAACCCCUACUACUACAAACCAUGCAAAUGGUUUUAGGAGCGUGGACCAAAAAGCUGAUGCGUUUAUUAAGCAGGAGCAUAGAAGGAUUGAACUUGCCAGGCUCAAGUCUUUGGGACAAAUAUAAUUAGCACUUAGCAGCUACUUAUUAUAAUAAGGCCAUGCAUGUUUCUCAUAUCAUAUCAUAUAUACUUACAUACAAACAUGCAAUAAUCUCCACCUUGGCUACUCUGGAAUUAGCAUGUGUCUUUUUCCUUCUUUUUUUUAGACGUCUUAGAUUAGAUUAGAGCGUGUUUUGCAUUUUCAUUUUCACCCUAAAUAAUGCUUCUAGCCCUCGAUCACCCUAGUAUACGGUUACGGUGUGCUUUAAAUAUAUAAUUUCUUAUUUCACAUGCGUUCAGUUCAGUAGUGUACUCGUUAUGACUAAUUUAAUUUGUAGUUUUCA